GAACCGGAAGUGGCGACCAUCGGAUUAAGGGAACUCGAUCUGUCAAGGAAAUCACACAAUACUUUCUGAAAUGGGAAAUAACAAAAGUGCGAACCAUAAUUAAAAGGAAGAACUAUCGUUGAAGAAAUUAGAUAACAAUGUGAAACCUGCACAAAGUUAUGACAUGGUUCGCUGUUUGAAGUACUAGUUGAUGGGAUUAUAUUGUGUAUUAGUAAAUAGCUAAAGUCGCGAGCCUUCCUUGUUAACUUUAGCAUACGCAUCAAACGUUAUAUAACGUUAGACCUAGCGAGUACAUUUUAGCUGGUGUUAUGGGUUACUUGUUUAGGGUGUCCAUAUAGCUUUUUAAUGUUUACUUCAACAGACCCCAUUGUAAAAUGGAACGUAUUCGAGUUUAUCUGGAGAAUCUGAAGCAAGGACUGCAAAUUGAUGUCCUGAGGGAAGUUGGACGUCAAUACCCUGUCUUUUGCUUUCUUCUGGUUUUCAUGUUUUCAUCAACUAUACUUCUUAAUAGGUAUCUCCACAUUCUGAUGGUGUUUUGGUCCUUCCUGGCUGGAGUGAUUACAUUCUAUUGCUCCCUCGGCACAGAAUCCCUCCUGCCCAACAUCCUCUUCACCAUGAAGCCCAAGAACAAACAGCAGGAGCAACAGGAGCUGUUUCCAUUGGGACACAGCUGUGCAGUGUGUGGGAAAGUAAAGUGCAAACGUCACAGUGUCCUUCACAGACCAACAUUACUCCUAGAAAACUAUCAGCCAUGGUUGGACUUGAAAGUCUACUCAAAAGUGGAUGCUUCUAUGUCAGAGUUGCUCGAGUUGGUUCUGGAGAAUUUUGUAUAUCCCUGGUACAGGGACAUCACCGAUGAUGAGGCAUGCGUAGAUGAACUGAGAAUGACUUUUCGUUUCUUUGCAUCUGUGUUAGUUCGACGCGCUCAGAAGGUUGAUGUCCCCUCACUUAUUUCUGGCAAAAUGAUGAAAGCUGCCAUGAAGCACAUUGAAAUCAUUGCAAAGGCCAAACAAAAAGUGAAGAACACUGAAGGUUUGCAGCAGGCUGCUCUGGAUGAGUAUGGCCCUGACCUGCAUGUUGCUCUGCGCAGUCGCAGAGAGGAGCUGCUUUAUCUCAGGAAGGUGACGGAGAUGCUCUUUGCCUAUCUUAUGCCACCCAAAGCUACUGACUGCAGAUCUUUAGCUCUGCUGAUGCGAGAGGUCAUGGUAGGGUCUGUGUUCCUCCCCACCUUGGACUUCAUGGCUGAUCCUGAUACUGUGAACCACAUGGUUCUAAUAUUUGUUGAUGACUCUCCACCUGAGCUGGCCAUGGAUCCACCAUCUGCCCUGGUUCCAUUCCUGCAGAAAUACGCUGACCCUCGUACCAAGAAGACAUCUGUGCUGAAGCUGGAGCUGAAGGAGAUCCGGGAGCAACAGGACCUGCUCUUCCGCUUUAUGAACUUCCUGAAGCAGGAGGGGGCCGUGCAGGUUCUUCAGUUCUGCCUCACUGUGGAAGAGUUCAAUGAUAAGAUCCUGUGUCCGGAGCUGAGUGACUCUGAGCUGCAGCGCCUGCAUGGAGAGGUGCAGCACCUCUAUGAGACCUACUGCCUGGAAGAAAGCAUCGACAAGAUCAGCUUUGACCCCGUCAUCAUCGAAGAAAUACGAAACAUUGCACAGGGGCCGUACGAGGGAGUGGUGAAGCUGCAGACCAUGCACUGUCUGUUUGAGGCCUAUGAGCAUGUGCUGUCCCUGCUGGAGAGCGUCUUCACCCCCAUGUUCUGCCACAGCGAUGAGUAUUUCAGACACCUUCUGAGGGGGGUGGAGUCUCCAAAAAUGGACUCCAGAAUGAACAGGAAUAGUCUGAGUUUGGAUGAUAUGAGGAACAUCUCAAAACGGGGGGAGUCCUUCGGGAUAAGCAGGAUCGGCAGCAAGAUCAAAGGUGUCUUCAAAAGCACUACCAUGGAGGGGACUAUGCUGCCGUACGCCAUGGUCAACGCUGAAGAUGAAGUGAUUGAGGAGGCCACUAUGGUGGUGGAGGAUAACACCCCAGUGGAGGCUUGCAGUACUCCAGGAGUCCUGAGGAACCUGUCAGCCUGGAGCAUCACCAUCCCCUACGUUGAUGAGGUCAAUAGGGAGAGGGUCCCUGUGUUCUGUAUCGAAGUGGAGCGCAAUGACAGGAAGGAAGCGGUUUUCUCAGUGGGGCAUGAAACGGAGAACUGGUCCAUCUUCAGAAGAUACAUGGAAUUCUACGUUCUAGAAAAUAAACUCACAGAGUUCCAUGGCUCAUUUGCAGAUGCACAGCUUCCCUCCAAAAGAAUUAUUGGACCAAAGAACUAUGAGUUCUUGUCAUCCAAAAGGGAAGAAUUUGAGGAAUAUUUGCAGAGACUGAUGCAGCACCCAGAGCUAACUAACAGUCAGUUGUUGGCAGACUUCCUAUCGCCUCACAGCAUGGAGUCUCAGUUCAUGGACAAGAUGUUGCCUGAUGUCAACCUCGGUAAAAUAUUCAGGUCUGUCCCUGGAAAAAUUAUAAAAGAGAAAGGACAGAACCUGGAGCCCUUCAUCCAGUCCUUCUUCAACUCCUGUGAAUCUCCCAAAGCCAAACCUAGCAGACCAGAGAUGACCAUGCUCAGCCCUACUGCUGAGAAGAACAAGAAGCUAUUCACUGACCUGUACAAAAACAACGCUAACCUGCCUGAGGGCCUGGAGAAGAAACACAACCGGAACUGCUUUAUGGAGGUGAUCUCAGUGGAAGGGAUGUAUGACUACAUGAUGUUCAUGGGUCGAGUGGUGUUCCACAUGCCAGACUGGUUGCACCACAUCCUGUCAGGGGGACGGAUCUUGUUCAAGAACACGCUGGAGGCCUACAUGGAUAACUACAUCCAGCACAAACGGGACAUAAUCCUGCAGGAACACCAUGUCGUCUCUCUCGUCACCAUGCUCAGAGAUGCUGUGUUCUGUGAGACCAGUGAGGAACUCGCUACAGGAGACAAGCAGAGAAGAGCCAAGAAGGCAUUCGAAGAGAUGAUGAAUUAUUUGCCAGACUUUGUGGAAAAGUGCAUCGGACAGGAGGCCAAAUACGAGGGCAUCAGGCUUCUCUUUGAAGGUUUUCAGCAGCCACUUCUUAACAAGCAGAUGACGUACGUUCUGAUGGAUAUUGCUGUCGAAGAACUGUUUCCAGAGCUCGGCAAGCAGGGACAGAGAGAGCCAUCGGCCGAUAGUAACCAGUGGAUGUAGAUAACAGCACGCUUCCCUUCCCUGGAACGAAAGUGCAGUGCAAAUUCCAAUGUCUCUGGGAUCUUAUCAACAUUCCAAUGUACAAUAAUAAAGUAUAUUUAUUGAUUUUA